UUCUUCUCAUUACUCCUCAUCAUCCUAACUGCAAUGGUUAUAGCAGGAGUAUUGGCCUAUGUCUACAGAGACCAGGUUAAAGGUGUUAUCAAGGAUGGAAUGUCUGAUGCUGUGAAUAAGUAUGGAAAUCCAAACAGUACUGCCAUAACAAACGAAGUUGACUACUUACAACAAGAGUUGACCUGUUGUGGUAUCCAUAACUACACUGACUGGGUAGGCUCCCCCUGGCAGAAAUCUCAUAGUAAUCUGACAUACCCAGCAAGUUGCUGUGAAAACAAACACUGCAACUACACUACAAAUGGCAGUCUUUAUCAAAAGGGGUGCUUCGACACUCUUAAAGAUGAGUUCAAGAACAACCUGGCAGUCAUAGCAGGAACCGCUACAGGGUUCGCUGUCAUUCAGAUUCUUGGGAUGAUCUGCUCUUGCAUUUUGUUCUGUCGUUCGCGGGAGGAUGUUCCUUACAUUGGCCUGGAGAACAAUGGGCUACGGGUGUAAAAACAUAAAAAGGAGAACACUCCUGUGAAUCAGUCAGCAAUUAAUGUGAUGGAAUUCUGUAUGAUAGUUGAAUUGAGAAAGAAGUUGUAAAAUAGGGUUGAAUGCAAGAAACACUUUUACUUAUGGAUCCACUUUUGUUAAUAUACACUAAGACACAAUACCACAUGGAAUCUGCUUAUCCUACAUGGGGAGUAAUUCAUUCAGAAGAUUAAAACUUCAUUAAUACAGAUGUAUAAUCAUAUUGACUUUUUAGGUUUUUCCUUAUUGCAGGUUAAGAAUAGCCAGAUUUUAUUG